CAACAACCUCGUCGACACAAUCCAUUUCUUGACCACCGUGGGCAGAAGUUACUGGUAACCGGCCACCUGGCAGACAACACCCCAGCUCAGGCGACCGCCCCCUGAUAGCUUUCCUCUUCACUACUUCGAAGCCUGCCCGUCAUGGCUAAAAAAAUGCCUGCUCGCGACCAAGUUGUCAAACUGAUAGUUGGCGCUGGUCAAGCAAGCCCUAGUCCGCCUGUCGGCCCAGCUCUGGGUAGUAAAGGCGUGAAGAGCAUCGAUUUCUGCAAGGAGUUCAAUGCCCGCACUGCUCAUAUCACUCCUGGCGUUCCCAUCCCAGCUCGAGUUACAGUCCGACCCGAUCGCACAUUCUCUUUCGAUAUAAGGACACCGAUGACGUCCUGGCUGCUUCUUCAGGCCGCUGGGGUCAAGGAGUUCAAAGGCAAAAUCAAAGGUGCAAAUCAACCAGGCCGUGACAGCGUUGGUACAGUCACACUCAAACACAUCUAUGAGAUUGCAAAAAUCAAGAAGAGCGAACUAAGACUGUCCGGGCUCAGCCUAGAAGGUCUCUGCAAGAGUAUCAUCUGGCAAUGCAAGUCGAUUGGCGUCAAUGUUGUGCCGUAACCGGGAUGAACUGCAGCAAAGCUUGAUGGCAACGCCUACAACCCGGCACGCCCAUCUACAGACUGCUAUCAGGAAAGUCAGUUCUUCAUCCAAACGGGCGAUCCGAACAGAGCUGGCACAGCACACCACUCAACCUGUUGGAGAUGGACAGUGUGAUGCCACCUCGGUCCCAGCCUCCAGCAGUGGCCGCGCGAGGAAAGCUACGAGAAGAGCCACUGGGCGAAAUCCCAGCUGGCAAUGGCCCAGCGACAGAUGUGUACUGUAAUCCAGUACCUGGAUGCAGACAACUUUACCUCGGAGCCAAGGCUGAUUGAUCGACCUGCCCACUCCCCAAUUGGAUCACAAUUUAUACCAAUUGGACUUGAUCUACCAGGAUGAGGACCAUGAGGUUAACAGCACUCUUCUAACCGACUAGCACUCCUACCUUGACGAUCCUCUAGAGUGUCAGUAGUCCGCUGCCGAGACAACACCGAGGAUGCAGCUGGGCCGAAGCUCGGUGGAUCAGCCAUGUCGUACGAAAUGAAGAUCUAAAUGCUGCGGUGCGAUGGUAAUAUGUCAUGGAUGCCGAAGAUUUCUUGGAUUCAGAAGGCCCCCGCGGGGAGAUAGAAGUUUUGACGAGGGGAGUGUAUAGCCUCGAGGAGACUGGAGCAUGUUAGAUACUUUUGCCUAGACUGGCUUAUGGCACAUGUAUAUUAAUCUACUAUCCUCAACGCAAUCACGAGCAUUCCUAAAUAGAGUACCG